AUGUCCUUGGGUUCAUUUGGCGAUCUGGGUAAGGCAGCGGAAGAUGUCCUUACGAAGCAUUUCAAGAAUUCUUUCUGCAAUUUUGUCUACAAGUCGAAGACCGAAAAUAAUGUCGAUGUCCACGUCGAAUGCAAUGGUCACAACUAUCAAACCACUGCGUUUGGCGAUCUUACCUUCAGGCCUUUUGAUGGCAUAUCCGUAAACACGAAGAUUAAUGAUACCAUGAAACUCACCAGCGAUAUUGAGAUAUCGGAAAAAAUAAGGGGUAUGAAACACAAUGUAGUGUGUAGUAUCGACAAAGCAGGGUAAGCAGCUCUUCCCGCCCAUGUAUAUUCGUGCUUUAGUGAGAAGAACCUCAAACUGAAGAGCUGUUUGAAGCAGGAUCACGUGAACUCUGAUAUUGAAGUGGACUUCGCCUCUAAAUUCCCUUGUACCGUCGGAUCAAUUGUUGUUGGGUAAUUUAUGCGUCGGACGCUAACUGCUUUAGUGGCAAAGGUUAUAUGGCUGGUGCCCAACUCUCGGUUGAUACUGACGGAUUCGAAGUAAAGAAAUAUGUCUACUCACUGGGUUACAUAUGCAAAGGAUUUGAGUUGCAUGGCUUCCUAACCAACCAUCAGGACGUCGACAUAAAGCUCUUCCAAUCCCACAGAGGUGUGGAUUACGGCUUCGCCAUAGGCUGGGACGGCAGGUCAAAAACCACUUCAUUCGGCGCGGCUGUGAUGUACAAACCGAAUAAGGACACGUUCCUGAAAGCCCGGUUGACUGAACGGUGGGCCUUGGCUUUGGCAUAUGGAGUAAGAUUCAUGCCCGGUAAUCGCCCUUCGGGAUUGUUGAUGUGGACCCUAUUUCUCAUUAACUCUGAUUAUUCAGUUUUUAAGGUGAUUAACCACCUUAAAAAGGUAAUUACCCUACACUGCCCCCGAGUCUCUCAGAAUUUCGAUAAAACUGAAGGAGGGUGAUAAUGCCUGUGGGAUUGUCUAUACGUAAGACAACUGUCCGUCUUUUUUUUUUUGGGGGGGGGGAGGGGAACUCUUCCCGGGUAACCUUUGCGCGCUGCUGAGGGGAUGGAUUGGUCGUCGUUUCUAUCUUAGGUAUAUUCUUUCGGGUCUACCCUCUCUGAACAUUCCUAUGGGUCAAGGCGCGUUCCCUAUAGUCGGACCGAGUUUGGGGCUUGACCUGCAUCAACCCGAAUAAGCCCAGCUGGCACUUCCUCCAUGAUCUUUUUUGCUGCCCAAUUCCACUUUUGACGCAGUAUGGGUAAGGAGCACUGCAUUCCCCUUGUCAGCUAAUUAUGCCAUCCCUGGUCGGCGUCCACAUCUGCUGAUAAUUUUAGUCGUUUGUAUUUUGUUUGGCCUGUUUUAUUUCAAAAUUUUCUUCGAACGUUUGCCUGCUGUCUUUAUUUCACGCCCAUCCAACAACACAUGUACAUUAUGUCUUUUAUUUACAAUAAUGAUACCCAGCGUUGUCGUUCGUCUUUACAAUGCUUUUGUAUAUUUUCGAGUUUUCCCCGAAAGUUUCAUGGCCAGCAUUUUUUUCUCCUUUUUGCUCGCCCCAAACAAAAAAGUAAAUAUGUAGAUUUCGUUUUGGUGUCAAUCCGUGACGAAAUUCGGAGUUGCUGUCUGCACCUUGAUGACCACUAAUCUCUGAUAUUUCGCUUUAUUAGCGCUGCAUUCAGUUGGCAAGUUCUCUAAACGCUUUUUCCGUUUAAGGAGCUUUGCUGACUGUCUCGGUGGAUACGGACACGACCUACAGGGCGACCAAUUACGGAAUGUGCCUGGAAAUUGAGAAGUGA